CUGACCUGACCUUACUACUACAUGUAAGGUAUGUCCCUUCUUCGUGUGAAUUGCAAGCAACAUCCUGGGUCGUUCAUCCAUCCUGCCGCAUAACUCCUCGCGAUGGGCAUUGCGUGUCUGUGUCGACCUUGAUUAUUCACGCCGAGAGAGACCGACCACUCAGACAUCAACCAUUUCACUCUUCCACUCUCACACUCUCACACUCACGCACCUCACGCGCGACUUGGUCGAUGUCUCAGGGUCCUUCUCGUUGCGUGCAUGCGUCGUGUGUCGUGUUAGUGUCUGCCUAUGCAGGAAGCUGGGAGUGACACGCGAGGAACGCGCCAGGCGCCCGUCCUCUUUGCUGCGCGACUGAGCUGGCCAUCAUCUGGUGCUGGACACCAUGGCCGAGGACGAGAGCAAGACGUCUAAAGCGAGCAGAUUCCUGAAGAAGAGCAAAUGGGUCAAAGUGCUGAAAGAACGAGAACCGAGCGAGGAUGACCCGCCCGCGCCAGCCCGUGCAGGCGCUUUCACGCUGGACAACGAUGUCGUCGACUUCCUCAAGCCGAGCACGGAAAAGAGCAAGCCAAAGUUGGAUAUCGCAAUAGCAAGGAGGUGGCCCGAGGCGCAUCAGGUCAGAGCAUUGGGCGAGGACAGUCCCGGCCCAGAUGGACCGACUUUCACCAAGCCGAGGAGGAGGAAAGGGCUGACUGUGGGAUUCGCAAAGACAGCGCCGGAGAUCAUUGGAGAGGGUGGUGAUGAUGCACCAGAUCCGCCAACAGAGAUUGGGCGGAGGAAGGCCGCCAUGGGGAGAUCAGUGUCAGACGCGACGCCAGCCGUACGAUCGCUGGCACUGCCAAUGCAUGGCCAGCCAACGGCGCAAGCUCGAGGAUACCCCCCGCAGCCUCCAGAGGAAACUCCUGCGGCGCCGCCAAUUCGCAGAAUAAAUACGUCUCACCGGGAGUUCUCGCCGCCAAUCUCGAGAAAGCUUGCUGCUCCACCCGUGGGAGAUAUAGAACCACUCCGACCGAGUAUUGGAAGGGUUAACACAGGACUCGGAAACAGCACGACUCUGCAGACACCCGGAGAUGACAGUGCAAGCUCCAAUCCACCGCCUUCUCGGCAGCAACCUGGCAGGCUGGAUACGGAAUUCCAGUUUGAGGGUAGGCCAUCUGCAGCUGGACUCGGCAGCAUCAGGGCUCAUCUUGCCCCCGAAAGCGCGACAAGCGACGAAGCUAGCUCCCCAGUGGUGCAGAAGCGACGCGAGAUGACCAGGAAUGAGGGAAUGGCCUUCAGGCGCGCGAGCAUGCUGGUGAAAAAAGAUAGCGAAGAAGAUGAGAUCGAACGUUCAAGUGGUGAGCAUGAAGAGUCGCAUAAGCCCCCAGCUAUCGCGCGCCAUUCUGGCGAUUCUGGCGUGUAUAGCUCGACUGAGGCAUUGAGCCAGUCUCCUGAAAUCGGAAUCACGCCAGACGCGCCGAACCCGGUUGCGGACCGCGAAGAUACAACAAGGCAUUUGAGAGACGCAUCGCCAUCUCCCCAGCAUCAGCUGGAGCCUCCCACUCAGUCUUUGGGACAAGAUUUGAGUGAACGGGAAGUCAACAAUCACGCGCAGAUCCCGCUGCCACCGCCACGAUCACCACUACGAGGCAUAUAUGCGACCAGGGCAUCACCACAACCCAGUAUGGCCAUUCCUAUUGAUCAUGCACGCGACAAUUCGAGAUCCCCACGUCUCUCCGAUCGCCUUUUCGACGCUUCCACUUCAUCACAGCAGUCGACUGCGGUCUAUUCGAAACCUAACGGGUCAUCCUCGAGCGUCAACCGCUUCCCGAACCGAAGCUCGCAUUCUCGUCCCAGCUCGCGGGACGAUGGUGCACCACCGCGUAUGCAAUCAGCGGGCCCUGGGUCACAGCCGCCGUACUCUUCUCGAGUCCAGAACGGAGCUUCAAGUGCCAACAGCCCGAGGUCGUCACUGCUGGUGCCGGGCCGCACAGGUGCUUCGCCGGCACCGCUGCCUGUGCAUCGUACGCAAGACUAUGUCGCCGCAACAACCAUACCUCCGCCUAGCAAGUCGCCAGCAGCAGUCUUGCGACACGAAGAAAAGCCGAGACCAUUAUCAUCUAGUUCCACUUACUCGCUAAGUCGACCUGCGGCUUGGUCACUGAAUCCCACAGAAAACAAUCCAGCUGCCGAUGCUGCUUUUGCGGACUUUGAAGCCCGUGUAGCACAUAUGAGGGGUGUCUUCCGAUUGACCGCCGAGAAAGAGCUUUCCGGCGACCGCUGCACGCCUUCCAUGUGGCUCCGAGCUGCGUUGUGGUGGUACCACACGGGGAAGACGGGUCUAGAAGCACUGUUCGCACGAAGAGGUCCUAACGAAAGACGCGAACUCCUCACUCAGCCUCACGUUGACCUUGCAAAGACGUGGUGGAUACUGCGAGACCCCUUGAACCAUCUGGACAUGGCAGAUGGUGAGGCGCACGAGAGUGAUCCCAAUGCAAACAUGAUCCGUCGUAGCAUUGCUGCCCUGAAGAGUUCGCUCAAAACCUUGUCCUUGUCGCUCACGAAGAACCACAUGCUACCGCCGGAGUCGUCUUUGAUCCAGGGACAAAAUACUCAGAUAUGGAUUGAGUACCCACGCUUUACCUCUGAUGUACAGGCAGUGCUCGGUGGCAGUGUCAGCAGCUCAGUACUGGUGCAAGAUUCAAAACAAGCUGUUGAUCCAUAUGAGGUGCUUCCUCUCAAUGAUACCAACGACCACUUCUGGUAUGGACGAUUUCCUGUUGAGGUAUAUUUGCACACAGAGGAUCUGGAAACCGACCGCGUUAUGCUGCCGUGCUUGCUUACCGUGCUGCGUGGCAGACAUGAUUAUCAAACAAGCGUCACUAUUGCCAGCCAGAGCGAGCUCGUGAACAUCAAAAUAAUGCCUCAGCAAGAUCGUCGACGGGGUCUAACGUGGUCUGAUGUCUCGUGGGAAGCAAGUCCGGCGUCCAUGUCCAUACGUUUGCCCAGGAAUUUCGACUUGAGUGUACGCAUGCAAGAACGUGACUAUCGGGCACUAUGGAACCUGUCAGAAUAUGCCCGCAAGGUAGAAAGGACGAUGCAACCAAAUUCGGACGAAAGACUAGUCCACGAGUGUCGACUUACGGAACUGCAAUAUGUCGACUCCUCAAAUUCGAGCUCGUUCCCAUCAGAAAAGAUUCGAGGGUGCAGUGCCUUCAUUUUUGAGCGCACAGACAAGCAUGUUGGUGGCACUGGGACACGGAGGCUACACCGGGGCUACCGCCUGUUGCUCGUCACGGAUCCCGGGCACAAGACGCUGAGUGCUGUGAGCCACGACAUUUGUGGAAGAUCGCCGUUCUACUUUGAGUUCCUCACAGACUCUGCCGCGGGCGGCACUACUGCAAUGGUCGUGCGUAUCUGGGAAGCACAAAGACAGUGCAGGAUACUACUUGUCUUCCCGGACGCUGGCAGCAGACAAAGCCUUUACAAUAUCAUUAAUGGUCUCGCUGUCAGGUCGGAUGAGAGCAUUGUCGGAAAGAUGGUCUUGGCAAGCCUCAACAUAGAGCCGGCAUCACCCUCCCUGAGCUUCUCGCAAUCAGGACAUGUUGCGCUGCAGAAACUCAAUUGGCAGAAAUUAGGCAUCACCAACAGUGUUCCUGACGACUCGAACAGCAGGUUUCCUGCCACCAUCGAAUCGGAAAGUCUUCGCAUACUGGCCCGACAUGACACUGGUUGUAUCACGGAUCGUGUGAACCUAGGCAAAGGGGAACUGCUACUCCGCUUACCUCCUUCAGACAGUCCUAGCGUGCAAAUACUGCGCGAUCCGCAAGAAGACAUGACCGUGUCGAUUGAUACCAGACAGUCGCAUGCUACAGUUGUCAACGGCAUCGCGGAAGUACUGAAGACAGUGCUCGAGCAGCAAACCAUUCGUACAUUCACGUUUCAAAGCCACUCGGAUCUGCAUGCAUUCCAAGCGGCCGUCACCGGAUGCACUGUGCGUUUUGACGGCAUGGCUGCCAGCCUGGACAUCUCACGAAGACGCAUGGUUGUACCGAUUUACAAGAAGUGGCAGGCACAGAGCGUACGCAUUCAGAUUGUAUCUCAAGGACAGAUUGUUCAGCUCUUGGCCUUCAUGGAAGAGUUCAGCCAUGCAGAUGCACUCUGCUUCCAGGUCAAGUCGACUGAUGUUUUUGAAACCCACAAGGGUGACAGCAAAGGCAAGAAGUGGACGGUGAAGAUGGUCGACGCCAAGUUCACUUUGCCCAACCGAGAGAAGGGGAAAGACGAGAGUGCAGAGGAACAGUUGAAGAAUCGGUUCGUCAACUUGGAGAACCUGGAAUAUGCCGAAGAACACGAUGACAUUACCAUAGGAUUCGAUACGGAACAAGAUCGCGACAGGUUCGCGCAUGCCCUCCCAGCUGCUACGAGCGUCUCUCGCGGCAUUACGCUCAAGCGACGGAUAUGAUCCAGACAACCAGAGUAGAGCGGAUCUUUCUCGGUACGGGUGAUCCCCGCCCUACGGGACGGGAGUUCCCAUGGUGGGGGGCAAGGCAAGGCCAAAGGUCAACUUGAAAUGUCAGUUUGGUGUGAUAUGACGCGACUGCCAAUGAACUUGGAAUGCUUCAUGAACCGCGGUGAGAGCGCAAGCUACAGGUACAAGACAGACAUACCAGUUUGAAUGUGAUCGUAGGACAAGCACCUAUAUGAUACCCUUUUUGUCGUUCUUCUGACUACCUUACCUACAUUGCUUUCCUUGAUACCGCGCCGCAGGUUGACUAUGGCAGAACCUCUCCACGACCAGCCGAACAAGCCUCCACGACGCAUUCCACAGCCAGGCGACUACGAGAACCUCAGCCUCGCUACUAGAGCCAUUCACGCCGAUGACCCCAUCAACUUUAACAUCGAUGUCGCUCCUCCUCUCCACGUCUCCACCACCUACCGCUACAAAUCCGACCCCUCCCAGCUCGACCCUUCACGCGAACUCGAACUGUCCGAUUUGCACCCUCCUGGAGGGCCCAUGCUCGGCGAUGGACACAUCUAUUCCCGCCUUACCGCUCCCAACUCCAGUCGAUUGGAGUUGAUGCUCACCAGCAUCCUCGGCCAGCCCGUCAUCACCUACUCGAGUGGUCUCUCGGCAUUCCAUGCCCUCCUCACAUGGCUGCACCCCAAGGUCGUCGCUAUCGGUGAGGGCUAUCACGGCUGCCAUGGUGUCUUGGCCAUUUACCAGAAACUGACAGGAUGCAAGAUUGUGGAUUUGUUUGAUGAGAAGAGCUGGGAUGAAGCGGGGCUGGGAAAGGGUGAUGUGGUACAUUUGGAGACUCCGGUCAAUCCUACGGGGAUUGCUUACAAUGUAGAAGCUUUUGCGCAGGCGGCGCAUCGGAGAGGAGCGUAUUUGACUGUGGAUGCGACGUUUGCUCCUCCGCCUUUGCUGGAUCCCUUUCUGUGGGGAGCGAAUUUUGUUAUGCAUUCUGGGACCAAAUAUUUUGGCGGGCAUUCGGAUAUGCUGUGUGGUGUUGUUGGGGUGGGGAGACAGGGGGAAGAAUGGGAAAAACACUAUUGGGGCAUGUAUGCUGAAAGGAUCUAUCUAGGGAGUGUCAUGGGUAGUAUGGAAGGUUGGCUUGGUGUGAGAUCUCUCAGGACGUUUGAGUUGAGGGUCAAGAGGCAGAGCGAGAAUGCGGAUCAGUUGGUUGCUUUCAUUGCUGGCGCGCUGGAGGGAACAUCAGGGACGGAUGAUGACGGCGUCGAGGAUGUGAAGAAGGUUGUGGAGAAGAUUGAGCAUGCGAGUCUGCAAAAGGAAGACAUGGGGUGGUUGAAAAAGCAGAUGCCGAACGGAUUUGGUCCUGUUUUCUCGAUGUGGAUGAAAAGUGAAGCAUUGGCAAGACGUUUGCCUUCGAAAUUGCACCUCUUCCACCAUGCUACGAGUUUGGGCGGUGUGGAGAGUCUGGUUGAGUGGAGGAAGAUGAGUGACCCGAAGGUGGAAGGCGGUCUGCUGCGAGUCAGCGUUGGUGUUGAGAGCUGGGAGGACCUCAAGGCCGAUAUGAUCAAUGGUUGCAAACAGCUUGUGGCCGAUGGAAGCCUGUAGACCAGACAAGCUUCUGCAUAUAACAUAUCUUACAUGUCGCACGCAUUCAGAUAAUGCAGUCAGAAAGUGCAAACAUGGGUUCAUACAUGCAGGAGUGGAUACAGUACCACCCAUGGCUGCACGAUUGUGCAUUACAUCCUUUCU